GCAUGGAGAUUGUGGAACGAAGAGAGAGAAUUGGAAUUCGUGGAUCCUUUGUUGAUGGAAAGAAGCCCAACGGCAGGAAUUGUAAGGUGCAUACAUAUUGGGCUUUUAUGUGUGCAGGAAGAUCCAGCAGACAGGCCCACAAUGUCGUUUGUGGUUUCAGCGUUGGGAAGUGACCCAAUAGCUCUUCCUCAACCGAAACAACCUGCAUUUUCCCUGCGUAAAAUGGUUCCAGUUGACAAGUCUUCAUCAAAAGAUCCUUCUGCGAAUCAAAUGACUGUUUCUGGUAUCUCACCCCGUAAAAAGGAGAAGGCCAAUACUGGAUUGGGCAAGAAAUGGGAAAGGUCUGAGUGGCUACAUUUGGCUUUCGUGGAAAGUGCCCACAAACCUCUUAGCUAUUGGACGUUGUCGUUGAAAAUGCACACAAAACUUUUAGCUUUUGGGCAUUCUCGUGCAAAAUGCACCUAUGAACACAUAGAUAUUGGAGGGGUCAAUAACACAAGUAACUACACUAUCAACAGUCCAUUCGAGAAUAACCUCAAGCUUCUUCUUCAGCUUUUGCCUUCUAACACUUCAUUAACAGGCUUCAACUACACCUCUGUUGGAGAAAGCCCUGCCAAGGUCUAUGGCCAAGCACUUUGCAGAGGAGAUGUCAACUCAAGUGCUUGUCAGGCUUGUGUGGAGAAGGCAAUCCAAGAAAUCUUUAAUGUUUGCAGAAGUUUUAGAGAGGCAAUCAUAUGGUCUGAACUUUGUCAAGUUCACGACUCAUUUCAGAAUAUGACUUCCUUGUUUGUUUAUACAGGAAAGUAUCCAGACGGGGAUUCUCGGGAGAAAUUUGUAUCAAAUCCUGUUCAAUUCUACGAUGAAGUAACGGACUUAAUGACUAAACUGUCAAAUGAGGCUGUAUUUAAUCCUUCCAACCUCAUGUUUGCAACUGGGGAAAUCAAGCUUUCAAGGAGCGAAACCAUAUACGGUCAUGUACAGUGCACACGGGGUAUCGGAGCAGAUGACUGUCAGAAAUGUUUGGAGUCUGCUAUAAUUGAUCUGAAAGGAUGCUAUUCUUCACGGAAAGGAGGAAUAGUUCUUAGUAGGACUUGUAAUGUGAGAUUUGAGUUGUACCAAUUUUACGAAGCGUCAAGUUACUUCUUGACAUACCCAAGUUCCAGAGGGAGAAAAUGGAAGAUGUGGAAGGUUGCAAGUGUUGUCUUUAUAAGUGUAAUGGGGCUUGCAACUGUCGUUGGAUCUUCCAUUGAAGAUCCAGCAGACAGGCCCACAAUGUCAUUUGUGGUUUCGGCAUUGGGAAGUGACCCAAGAGCUCUUCCUCGACCAAAAAAACCUGCAUUUUCCCUGCGUAAAAUGGUUCCAAUGGACAGGUCUUCCUCAAUAGAUCCUUCUGUGAAUGAAAUGACUGUUUCUGGUAUCUCACCACGGUGA